AUGAAUCCUAUGUCACUAACUCCUCCAUCUCUCCACCUAAGAAACCCUGAUGAAGAUGCAAACGCUGGAUUGAACCGCCGUGGACAGCGGAGGAGAGAACAAGAGUUCAUGGAAACAACCACCAAUGCAUCAAAUAGCAGUGGGAGCAAUACCAAUACAAAUCUAAACCCUAGCUCCACCAACCAAAACCCUGAAGAUGGAGAUAACCGAGAUAACGAGCAUGAAGCUGAAGGUAGUCAGAACCCAGCUGGAGACCUCGAAAUGUCAGACCGGAGUGGCUCGGGCGGACGCCGGCCUAGAGGCAGACCACCUGGGUCCAAGAACAAGCCCAAACCUCCAAUUGUGAUAACAAAAGAUAGUCCUAAUGCGAUUCGAAGUCAUGUCUUGGAAAUCAGCAGUGGCAGCGACAUUGCAGAGACGAUUUCAACCUUCGCACAGAGCCGCCGAUGCGGUGUCUCGAUUUUGAAUGGCAGUGGAAUUGUGACCAAUGUGACAUUGCGCCAGCCAGCUGCACCCGGCGGCGUGAUACCGCUUCAAGGUCGAUUUGAGGUAUUGUCGUUAUCCGGGGCGUUCUUGCCUGCACCAUCUCCGCCAGGAGCCAACGGACUCACGGUGUAUUUGGCAGGUCAUCAGGGCCAGGUGGUAGGCGGCACUGUGGUUGGUGCAUUGACGGCGUCAGGUCCCGUGAUGGUAAUUGCUGCCACAUUUACAAAUGCAACGUAUGAAAGAUUGCCUAUGGAGGAGGAGCCUGUGGCGACCAGUGAAGGAACGCAAUUGCAGCCAACUUCAGAAGUUAAUACUGGAACAACUGGUGGCGCUACAGGAUCUCAGGCACAAGGCUUGGCGGCUGAUCCGCCAUCAUCCUCCAUGCCUUUCUAUAAUCUGCCACCGAGUUUGCUGCCCAACGGCCAGAUGCCGCCAGAUGUAUUCUGGGCUCCACCACGUCCUCCACCUUCUUAUUGA